CACUGGAGCCAUCCAUUUCAAAAACCCCAAGCCAAGCCAGCAUCCACUCACUCAGUCACUGCACAGACAGACAGCAAAGGAAACCUGGGUGGGCGGCUGGCUGGACAGGUGGCAGGACAGUGAGGUGGGUGUCCUUCGUCGUGCCAGUCAGUCAGUCGUUCCUACCUACCUACCUCAGGACAACCGCAUGAACGCGUAUGUGUGUGUGUCAGUCAGUUCUUGACGGCCGAGUCCUUCUGGGCGGGCAGCCGCUUCUUGUUGUACUCCUAAACACGCAACACGCAUAGGGGCAGAAAGGCAGGCGUGAGGCCUUGUGUGCUGUCGUGUUCGUGCUGGCUGGCUGGCUGGCUGGCUGGCAAGCUUGCCUUGAGUUUCUUGACGAGUCCGUCAGCGUCGAUUUUGCCGGUCUUGACCUCAGUGCCUGUGGGCAUGUGGUUGAGCUUCAUCAACUCGGCCGUCGCCACAGCUAUCGGGUCGCGGUUGCAAGUUGCGACGGCCUCAAUCUGCACACACACACACACACACACAAACAUCCACACCAUAUCUGCCUGUGUGGAUCUGUCUGUGUGUGCAAUGCAUUGAGUGCAUGUGGGUGGCUGGCUUACGUUGUCUCCCUUGAUGUAGUAAGCGACGAACUCUCCCUUGUCGAGGUCGCCCUCCACGUGCAGCUCGUCGAAGCCGCGGCAGUGCCCGGCGUACCUCAGCGACUUGCCGAAGAUCAUCGUCCAGAAGAACGGAAUGUUCGCAAAAGGCACGUGCUGAUGAAUCACGAACAUGUCACAAGGAACGAACCGAUCACUCUGUGUCUGUCUGUGUGUGUGCGUGUGUGUGUGUGUGUGGGCGAUUGCGUCCGUCCGUACCUUGCCACACAUGUUCUGUGCCGCGACACGUCCCUGCUGGUAUGCGACGUCCCAGUGCUCAAUGCGGGUGUCGUGGCCGCUCUUGUACCUGAACAGAGAGAGAGAGGUCCCCGGCCGGCCAUUUGCUGGAUCUAGUCUGUGUGGUCUCGCGUGCCCCCCCGCCAGGCGACCAACGUACCAUGGGAACGUGACACAGUCACCAGCAGCCCAGAAGUUGUCGGGGCCGUCACGAGCCCUGACGCAAGAGGGGUAUCGGUGAGAGGGGGCGUGCUGGUCUGUUUGGUUGUUUGUUUGUUUGGUUGUGUGUUUGGUGAUUUCUCACUCACUUCAUGAAAGGGUCGCAGAUGAUGGAUCCGUCUCUGCUGUGGACCUGCACACCCUCGACAAACUUGUGGCACGUCGGCGCAACACCUGCAGGCAGGCAGACAGACAGAUGCAAGCCAUACCAGAUAGGUAGGUGUGUAGGUGGUGGGCGUGUGACUGACCGGCUCCGAGAACAACGGCAUCGCACUCGAUGUACCCCUUGCCGUCCUUCAGCUCAACACCCUUCACCAUGCCAUUCUCAUCCAAACUGAUAAUAGCGACACACACAGGGGACAACGGACGGACGAGUGUCUCGGUGCGUGUGUGUGUAUGUGUGUGGUGCUUUCUGUCUGUCUGUGUGUCUGUGUGUGUCCCCACUCGUAUUUGUUGACGAUGGCCGGUCCGUAGAAGUCGAGUUUGUUCUUGUCGAGGACGUUCUUGAAGACCUGACCCACCUGCUUGCCCAACACACGCUCAAACGGCACGUACUCCUGGUGAGGUGAAGGAUGGAUGACAGUGAGGGGCAGAACAGACAAAGAAACAAACGGAGUGAGUGAGCUGACAGCUGUCAUGUCAUGGACGCCAUAUAUCUUGGUUCUCUCUGGCUGGCUGACCAUUCCGACAAGGGCGACCUUGGCCCCCUUCUUGGCGAGGGUGCACGCCACCUCCAUCCCGAUAAACGAUGUGCCAACCACACACUGCACACAACCAGUGGUCACCAGACACACAGACACACAGAAGCGACGCGUGGACGAACGGAUCAUCUCAGCUGUGUUGUGUUGUGUGUCAGCCAGGUCGUGUCGUGUCGUCAGUGUACUAUACUGACCACUUUCUUUCCGGGCAUGGCGUACUCCUGGAUGCCGGUGGCAUGGUCGGGUCGUCUGAGGAUGAAGAUGUUCUUGGCCUCGUGACCUGGAACCGGGAUGCGACGGGGCUCAGCGCCCGCACAGCACAACAUCUGCACACAGACAGACACCAGGGAUUGGACUGGAUGAGCAGGUAGUCUACGUCAGUCAACCAUAGCUAUCAUAUGGGUGUGGUGUGUGUCCGUGUGUAGGUCUGUCUGCGGAUCCGUGUGUGUGGGCUGGUUGGGUAGCCUUGCCUUAUCGUAUUUCAUGGUAGAUCCGUCGUCGAAGUGGAGUGUGCUGUUCUUGGCGUCCAGCUUGGUCACCGUCGUCUUGAACUUGCUCUCGAUCUCCAACUUAUCUACACACACAAAGGCAGGCACCAGAAGGAAGGUUGCAAACAACGCAUCGCAGCGGCCACAUAACUAACGUAACGUGUGUGUCAUUGUGUGUGUCAUUGGGUGUGUGAUUGUGUGUGCGUAUCUAUCUAUACCGACCCAUGAAGUCGGCCUUUCUGAGUUGGAUGUGGUCGAUGUCGGCGUAGAGGUUCUUGGACAGCACAGGGCGGUCAUAUGGCGGGAACUCCUCCUUGGUGAUGAACACGAUGCGGCCCUUUCAUUCAUAUCACAUCGAUCACACAUACGUACACAAGACAAGACAAGACAACACGACACAAGACAACACACGGACGUGCAGUGCAGCCCUCGUGCUCCAUUGCGUGUGGCUGUGGGUGUCAUCCUCUCUCACCGUGAAUCCCUCCUGCCUGAGUGUCUCCAUGGCGGCCAUGGAUGCCGGGCCGCCGCCAAUCACCGCAUACACGGCCUUGUUGUUGGGGUCACGCUUCGCUACCGGCGGCUCAACCGUCUCCUGCACAACACACACACACGAAUAUGGUCAUGUCUGUCGUGCGUCGCGUCAAAGGCGAGUUUGUCGUGUGUCUGCCCUGCACUGCACGUCUUUCGCACCCACCUUCAUGUCCUUGGGGAGCGUGGCGACAACGCGGCCGUUCUUGACCUCGACGGGGUAUGUGGGGAUGGCCGUGAGCGAGGGGCCGUUGACACAUGCGCCCGUCUUGAGGUCAAACUCGGCAUCGUGCCAUGGGCAUGACACGUGGUAGCUCGGACCACUGCCGUAGUGGUCGGGGGCCAACACACCUAUACACACACACACACACACACACCAGCACAUCACAGCACAGCACAGCACAGCCAUCAACGGAUGACGAGCGGUCGGUCGGUCGGUCGUGUGUGGGAGCGAUUCAUGCAAGUGAUGUGCCCGUGAGUGCGUGUGUAGGUACUGUACCCUUGACAAGGGGGGCGGAGUAGUGUGUGCAGGAUGCCCCGGUGCAGUAGAACUGACCGCCCGCCUUGGUCACCAACACACUGCUCUUGCCUGCGCCGCACCAGACAGACAGACAAUGAAUCGAUCGGCCCACAGAUAGAAACACAGCCAGGCCACCCGAACGUCACGUCCCUCUCUGCAAGUAGGUGUUGGUUGCGGUGUGGUCGUUGUGCGUGCGUACCUCCGAACACCUUGACAUCAUAGAGUUCGGCCUCGUCGAACUCGGCUUCGCUGCCCAGGUCGACCCGCUCUACGGGGCCGGUGCCCAGAGCGAUGGCCGUGAUCUCCUUCGACUUGUCCGUCUCGCACACUGCCACCUGAGCCAAUAUUGAGUGGAGUGGAUGAGCACCCACCCAGGUGGACUCAUAUGUUCGUUCCGUCUGUGUGUGUGUGUGCGAUGCCCUUCAUUACCUUCUUCCCGUUGGCGUAGUAGUAGUAGCCGAGUCCGGCAGCCGUGAAGGCAGCAGCCACACCACCCGCAGAGCCCUGCACACACAACACGACAGACAGCACAGGCACACCACACGUCCCUCGAGAGAGAGACCCCAUCGUGUGUUGGCUUGCACCCACCCCCUGUUAGUUACCCAGAGUCGGUAUCUCUUGUCGUUGUCCUCUGCGAAGGCCUGUGAUGAGGUCGCCACGCACCGCGCUGCCGGGAGUCGUGAGGCGGCGACAGUGCGAAUGAGAGCCAGGGAGCGGCCCGUCUGCAUAGCAGGCUGACGCAUCAUCGUUGAGAAUGACUAAAAUCGCCCUCCUUGACAGUGACUGAGGCUGGGUCCCUCAGCAACCAACCAGCUAGAAGACAGAGCAGCUCAAUUAAAUAACUUCUGUUGCGAUGCUUCGACGGAGGUCUAGGGUUUAG